AUUUAGGGCGGGUAGCAAUUUUUGUUACACGCUUGCGCAGUUCAAUGUUGUGAUUUUAACUGUAACAACAUGUCGGCGUCCAUGGUGCGAGCGACCGUCCGAGCGGUCAGCAAAAGAAAAAUAUUGCCUACAAGAGCUGCACUGACACUGACUCCAUCAGCUGUGAGCAAGAUCAGGUUAUUGUUGCAGAACAAGCCGGAAUAUAUCGGUUUGAAGGUCGGAGUGAGAACACGUGGCUGUAAUGGAUUGACUUACACACUGGACUACACCAAGGAGAAAGACAAAUCUGAUGAGGAAGUGCUGCAGGAUGGUGUGAGGGUGUUCAUAGAGAAGAAGGCUCAGCUGACCCUUCUGGGAACUGAGAUGGACUUUGUGGAGUCAAAGCUGUCCAGUGAAUUUGUCUUCAACAAUCCCAACAUAAAGGGCACAUGUGGCUGUGGAGAAAGCUUCAACAUAUGAGCAUCAUGGAGCCUCCAUCCUCCCGCACCCUCCCUGCUCCAAACCCUGUCCCACCCGUAAAGACUGAAUGUUGACAAGGAAGUCGGACAUGAGGAAAUCUCUAAGAUGUGGACGUGCCUGCGUUCCUACCACUGCUCUUCCUGCUGACCACUCAUAUACGCACACUCGUGAAACUCAAGUAUGCAUGUUCAUGCUUAGAGGAUGGUUUUAAUACAAUCAGUGUAGUCAAAACUAUCUCAACAUAUUGAUUUUAGAUUCAGGUACCUCUUUUUUUAAAUUCUGGGCUCUGCAUAAAAAAAACCUUUAGAAGGACCUCAUAAGCAAGGUGUUUUUAAUUCAGUGACUGGCUGCUGUCUUACAUAUAUGCACAUUAUUUUCAGAAAUUACGUCAUGUAUGUCAAUGUACAACAUGACCAUGAACAUGCUCACUGAAGUAGAAAGUUGACCAGGUUUAAGUUGGUAAAGCUAAGAGGAUGAAGCGUGAUACUAUUAAGAGUAUUCUGUUUUCAAGUUUGAAGCUAUCCACCAAAAUCCAUAGACGUUAAGGUCAACAUCAGCUGUUUGAUAAACACACUGAAAGACAGUGUAUUAUAAUCCAGUGUCAUGUACCAGCAGUAUGCAAAAGAGGAAUUUGAGUGUCUUGAAACUGCUUUAUUAGUUUGUAAAGUGUAUAUUUAUCUCUGUGUGUAAAUAUAAAGAAUGUAAAUCUCCCUUGAACCACACAAACGCACAAAAAACCCACACCAAACAUGUAUCCCUCACAUAAGAGUACAUGAGGUUUGUUGGAUUACUUUGCUUGAACAAAGGCAGGACUUUGUAUAGACUGUGUGCUCUUAAGAUUUGUAACCUGUGCAAUAUGUCUGUGUACAUAUGAAAUAAUAAAUAGCUAAAUCCAGUAAUAUGAAA